AGUUCUCGUUUGACAGUUUGACUGUACAGUUUCAAUGGUGCCUUGCAAUUCGCUUAUACCAAGAGCAUCCGUGAUAUUUAUUUAUUUCGCUGGUGCGUUAAAUUUAUCUAGUAAUUUAUUCUAAUAAAAGUACAGUAUAAGCAUUCGCCCGGCAAAAAAUUAGUUCCAACACCAUCAUCGAGCGAUUGUUUACACUAAUCAUACCCCCCGUCGAAGGGAAAUUCCCCAUACCGAAGUGUUGCUGUGUGUGGAUAAAGUAUUUUCAAUGUGAUGCAUGCGGAAAACUAGUAACUACGGAGCGGACGUGGAAAAGCGGCGAUGGUCGCGUUUUCCAACACAUACACACACACUGGCUCGCAACGCAUCUUUACAGCGACGGUGCCGUGCGUGCUCUUAGUUGUUUGAGUUUUUCGCUCAGAGUUUUUUUUUGUUUGAGUUGCUGCUUUCCUGUACGGCCGUGAAACGUUGAAUUGGCCAGUGCGCGGGUAGGUCACGAUCUCUGGUCGUCGGGCGAAUUCGUUUAUAGUUUGUAGCGACCGCGGCAGAAGUGGUUUAUCCAUCCUCUAGAACGGGUUGGCCAACGCACGUGCGGAAGAGAUGUAAUGUACAGCGGAUUGGAAAGUGGUGUUACGGCAACAGGCAACGGACCGCCCCGUGCUUGAAGGGGGGUCUCGAGCUCCAAAGUAGGUCUUGUGUUGUGUGGUCGCUGUGAAGCGUGUGAAAUUGGGUGUUGAAACGAAGUGAUGCGAGUGGCGUUAGAUUGUGCAGCUACCGUGUGAUAAGGUGGCAGUCGAAGCAAACGAAUAUUGUGUUAAUUUUGUAUUAACCAACACCGAGAAAGCUCUCGUUCCGGGGUCCGAUCGGAAGUGUAAUGGAUGUGUGAAAAUUGAUGAAAAGUGUACAGAGAUAGAACAAUUUCAUCAGUGCGUGUGGGAUUGUGCAUUUGUGUGAAUAAUUUUGCUAACGUGGCUUCAGCGGCAGAUAUCCCAUCUCAGUGAUUCGCUUGGCUGCCUAUCAUUUUCAUCGCCUACUGUACGGCACCAAAGGACCAGGCACCUUGAGUUGAUAUUGUGCUGUGUGAGCAUUAUCAACACCAGCUCCUCAAACACACCGAUUCGCGAACGGAAAAAAAGAACGGAACAGUUGGGCUGGUACGAAAUUGCCAACCCCGCGCGCUCCAUUCUCAACCUCGCAAGCCAAGCUGGAUAAUUCAAUCGUAAAUCGGUACCUGAGCGCCGCGGACGACGACUUCGUGUACUGUGUGGAUCUGGACAUCCGGCGCUUCGUCGAACGGUCUAACCCAAAGGCUGUACUGAUCUUUCCGCCGUUCAGCAGCUACCGCCGAUUCCUGGUCCACAGGGUUUGCGCAAGUAAAUCGUUCAGCCAGCAUGACAUCGUGACGUUCUCCAUUGGCAUCGGUACCGAGCGGCGCACGGUCGUGUGCUUUCGCCAUCAGCUACUUCAGGACGUCAAAUCGUCGGUUGGAAAAAGCUUCGAAGAAUCAACUAGCAGCGAAGCAGCUACACCUGCGCCAAAGACCCAACAUUACACCAGCUGGCGUAGUUCAACGACUCCUCCAACCGGUGGCACCAGUACCGUCACCACAGUUAGUAGCGGCUGUAGUGGUAGCAGCGCUCCCGCCACAACCACAACAACCGGCAGCAUCAACAGUGCGUUGGUGAGCGGGCAAAGAACAGGAGAAAACCGAAUCCACCCGCAGGAAGAUCAGCCAAACGGCAACAACGGAAUGGGCACUGAAACGAUACUGCUGCCGAGUGGUGGAGCUGUCGGCGUUCAUCAUCAACAACAACGACGACAGCAACACAGCUCGACAACCACCACCACCAACCCAGCACCACCACAAUCGUAUCUUAUCGAUGAGGAGACUGCAUUUGGCGACAAACUGAAGGGUUUGCCGACCCAUCCAGACACGUACGGAGAUACGCAGCAGCAGCAACCAGUUGGCAGCAACGGUGCCGGUGUAAAGUUCCCUCCCGUGGUCGGAAUUUAUCGUCCACCGGCGGCAAGGCGUGCACUGAAGCUAGCGGAAAACGUGGUCCACCAACUCGCACCGCCGGCAGCCUGCGAGCAUCCGAACGAUUACGGUCAUUUGCGGCCUUCCGCACAGCAUCAUCCACAACCACCGGCUCACCAUCAGCAGGCAUUGCAGCUUUUGCUGCAGACCGCCACCACCGACUGCACUGUGCCGGAUAGAGCAUUAAGAAGCACACCAGAUUCCCGAGAAGGCCAUCUGCCCGAAAAGGAAACAGCGGGAGCGGACGAAAAAACUAGCACCAGCCGUGGGCAGGAAUCGCAAACGCGCGUACCGGACACUGGUCGGGGGAUAGGAAGUGACAGUGCCGGAAGUAGCAGCGCCAUCGCAGCUACCUCGCCAACUGCAAGGACCAACCGUCCCCAUCGUGAGCGACGCCCGGACCGUGCCGUCUACGUUCCCCGUGCGCGUCGUAGCUUAACGACACCACCGGUAGUUGCCGCAGCAGCCCAUCCGCAGCCGUCCGUUCCACCAGACGCGAUCGAUGGCGGCAACGCUGACAAAGUGAACACAUCCCCAGCCAAAGCAUUGUUGCGCACACCAUCCAGUCGCGCUCAGCUGCCCGAAACUGGUGCCUCGUGUGAGACGGCGAGCGCAGCCACUGCCUUGCCACUACCUGCAACAGCGUCUUCCAAGGAUCCGGAAGGAUUGAGAGCGGCGGACAAGGGCAGAACGAAAUUGUCGGUACAGCCAAGCGGCACUACUGACGCACCACCCUACUGUGAUACUGUGAUAGACGUUCCGUCGGACGCUUCCGAAGCCGUAGGAGCGGUUUCAUUGGAAUCGUUUAAAAAACGAAGCCAUAGCUUAGAAGUGCAGCAGCAGCAGCAGCAGCAAGCGGAACAAAAGCCAGCACGCCCAGUGCUACUGGAACAGAACGCCCCACCGUGCCCGGAAGAGCCGGAGUUUCGCUUGGAACGUAGCGCUACCGAAACGGCCGCAACGAUGCAGCGCAACAAUCAACGCAAUCGUAAUGUGCGCAAUGGGACGAUGGCACCGGCACCCUUGAACGCCAGCCUGCUGAUCACCACCGAUCCGAACGAGGCGACCGAAAAGAUCGAUCGCGAUGAGAAGGAACUGCGGCGGGCGUCGCAGGAAAUCAAUCGUAGCAAUCGGCGCAUCAUGAAGCAGACGUUCAAUUCGGACGUGCUGGAAAUCGGCGAACCCACGCCGGUACCCACGGCAGUGCAGAAGCCGGCAAAGGCGAAACGCACCGUUGCUGCUGCCGCCCCGGUGGCUGAGGGCGAAGGGCAGAAACCGACCAAGGUUGAAGUGGGAAAGCUGGCCAAGGAUGCCUCGGUACCGAAUGGUACGAGCGCGCCUAAGGGCGGCAGUGUAGCAUCGACGGAGGAGGAAGAGGAGGACGAUUGGGAAUCGAUGUACGACGACAAUGGUGACUGUUUAAAUCCGAAAAUGCUCGAAGAGCUCACGACGGCUGUCGGGAAAGUGUCGAUCGAAACGCCUCAGUCGGACUAUAAGUCGUACGAAACCAAGCAGGCUAUGCUGAACGAGGAAGAGUUUCCGCACGUGCUGGAGGUGUCCAGCUUUCCGGCCGAGUUUAAGACCCAAGAUUUGAUGAUGAUGUUCUCGCAGUACAAGGAAUCGGGCUUCGACAUCAAAUGGGUGGACGAUACGCACGCGUUGGCUGUGUUUAGCAGCUCCCGAAUUGCUGCCGAAGUACUCACCACUGGCCUUUCGUUUGCACGCGUGAAACCGCUGGGCGAAGCGACGGCCGAAUCACGCUCGAAGGCACGCAAAUGUGCCAGCUCGCUGCAACCGUACCGCCAGCGUCCGGAAACGUGUGCCGCCAUGGCGCGCCGCAUGGUAUCGUCGGCGCUCGGCGUGAAGCUAAAAACCGCCCCGGAGGAGCGUGAAAACGAACGACGUGUCCUGCGUGAAGCCAAAGAACGGAAAAGACUUGCGGCAAAGCAACGGGAUGAAAUUUGGGACAGCUAGUGGUCGCAAUGUAGCGAGCUAGUCUUCACCCCUGCCGGACCUUCGCCAACGGGUUGAACCUGUCAUUUGUCACGUCUGUGCUGCCACGGUUUGCCAUACCUUGAUAUGGAAAGCAGAAUUGUGUAGUUUUGUUGCCGCGAAAUGAGAAUCGCGAUCUCAUUUGGACUGUUUCUUAUUUUAGUGUACUUGGAACGAGAUUUGCACACUGUGGGACUGUGUUACCGAUUACUGUAACAUUUAAAAGUGGCCAACUGUACGGGUAGAACAUGUUUCCCCGGGUGUACUAGUGUGUGUGUGUAGCGGUGCGUAUAUGGCGAGCGACAGUAAUGGCAUGAUUGUGUAUGCAUUUUUUUAUUUUAUUUUAUUCGAUUACAUAUGAUAUGAGUGAUACAUAGUGGUGGACUAGUGGGAAGGGUACAAUCAUGGUAAUAGGACCACAGCAAAAUGAUACCGUAGUACAAGUGAUGAUAACUCCAACGGGAUGCAAGUGGGAGAUUGCAGCAUGUAUGCAUGUAGGCAAUUCGUUUGCAGAAGUAUUACAGUGUUUGGUUCACCGGCCGGUACAGCAAUUAUGCAUUAGAAGAGGGAAUGAGAGAGUUUAAUUUGUACAGUCGUAUAUAUUGCGAGGGAGGGCAAAUCAAGUUCACAAGUCACGUUUGGAGCGGGUUGAUUGAGACAAGAUUGCAAAAGAUAUAUUAUGAACUACUGUCUACAAUAGCAGUAGCAGCUAGCUGAACACGUAUGUUUGCGAUCGUGCACACAUAAAACAAACUCCGUAUAUACAAGCUGUGUAAUGUGUGCGGCGUGGCAAAUUUUACCAGCUCGCUCAUAAUGAACGUUUAUAUCUCUUAUUUACAAAGCAUCUAUAAUCUAGAGAAAUGAUCCUAAUAAAGAAUCUAUUUGAGAUGUUUAAAUGUAA